AAUUGCUCAUAAAGCCCUCCAUAGACAGGACUAAUUAUGACCAGAUGAAAUUGAAGGGAAGAAGGGAAAGAUCUUGAUGGCAAGAAGAAGGGAUCCUUCUUUCUUCAAGAUUCUUCUGGGGGAUCACUUCUGUCACAAGUUGAAAAUUCCUAGAGCUUUUCUCAAACAUUUUGAUGGGAAUGUGCCUGAACAGUUUCGUCUUUGUACCCCAGCUGGAACUUGGUUUGUUGAUGUGGAAAAACUUAAUCAUAAGUACUAUUUCCAAAAUGGUUGGAACAAAUUUGUGCAUGAAAAUGGCUUAAAGGUGAAGGUAAUUCUCGUGUUCCGUUAUACUGGGAAUUCAGAAUUAUCUGUCGACAUAUAUGGGAAAAAUGCUUGCAAAAAGUUGUAUGGAAUGGCGACUAGGAAAGAAAGUGACUGCUCGAGAUUAAAAGAUGUUGACUAUCCUAUGGAAGAUGGUGAUGAAGAUGAUAAUCCAUCUAUUGAAAUAUUGGAUGAUGAUCCAUCUGUUGAAAUAUUGGAUGAUGUUCCACAAUGCCGAGCAAGUAUAGGACAUUACUCUCAGCUACCGAGUCCUCUGCCUCACAUUGAUGUUCUUCUUGACAAUGAAGAUAACAGCUAUGAUGAGCGUGAAAGUUACACAAAUGCAGAAGAAGGUGAUGAGGAUAAUUAUGAAAGUGAGGAAGAAGAUGAAGAUGAAAAUUUGAGUGCAGAAGAAAGUGAAACUGCAGCAGAUGUUGAUUAUGGAGAUGAGAAAAGUGAAGGAGAUAAUGAAGAUGAGGAUGAGGAUCACAAAGAUGAUGAUGACGUCUCUAUUGAAAUCUUGAGCGAAAAACUAUCAUGCUCAAAAACAAGAGGCAAAUCCCCAUUAGGAUCGCAUCUCCGCAAGAGCAAGAUAACUUGUUCUAACUCAGAAGUUCGAAGCAACGACAAAGAUGUAGGUGGCUCUUUCAGAACUGUGAGUAUCCUUAAACAAAGAGAGCAGCUAGAUAUGGAAGUCAGAAAGCUUAGUGCUCUUCAGAGAGCUCGGUACUUUGAAUCUAAAUCUGCAAAACCCUGUGUUGUGCUUCCUAUGCGUGCCUCUUAUGCCCAAGGAUAUUACUUGAGUUUUCCACGUGAUUUUGCCAAGAGACAUUUUAAGAAGAAGCCUAAUCACGCCAUUUUCGAGCUAAUGGUGUAUCUCACAAUGUCGAGUUCCAUUAUCCCAAUAACCAAACUUAUGAAACCAGAGUUGGGACUGGCUGGUCUGCAUUUGCGCGAAUCAAUAAUCUGAAAGAGAGUGAUGUGUGUGUCUUUGUGUUGACUGAUAAUGUCAAAUUUGAAUUUAGUGUCGAGAUUUUCCACACCACAGAUGCUGCAAUUUGCACCUCACCAUCACCAGGAAAAAGGCAUGCUGCCACGGUUGAAUUGAAGUCGAAAAACAACAAGAGAAAGCUGGAUAGAAGAAGUAACUGAUUCUGAUUGUACUAUGAUGAAUUUAGAAAUUGGCUGCUGUAGCAGAUUUCUAGCACAGCAAUCUCUCCCAUGUUAGGCUAGUCUAUAACUUUGUAUCUAUCUAUGCACGCGGAAUGUGGCAUCUACUUAGUCCUCAACUGAUAAUUUGGCCUGAGCAGGUU